GAGCACGGCGCAUGCGUGAGGGGAGGGGCUGCCGACUUCCACUCGGUCACUUCCGGCGCGCGGGAGGAUAUGCUUCCGGGUCACGCGCCUUGCUCUCGGCCCGGCUCUGGUGUCCGGUGAGUGGAGCCGGCACGUGCCGCUCCGCCUGACUCACGCGUGGCUCCGGAGCUGACCCGGAAGCCCCGCCCCCCGACGCCCCGCCCCCUCACGCGGGUGUGACCCGCCCCUCCCCCGCCAUGUCCACGCUCUUCCCCUCGCUCUUCCCGCGCGUCACCGAGUCCCUCUGGUUCAACCUGGACCGGCCCUGCGUGGACGAGAACGAGCUGCAGCAGCAGGAGCAGCAGCACCAGGCCUGGCUGCAGAGUAUUGCCGAAAAAGACAAUAAUUUGGUCCCUAUAGGAAAACCUGCCUCCGAGCAUUAUGAUGAGGAGGAAGAGGAGGAUGACGAAGACGACGAAGACAGCGAAGAGGAUUCUGAGGACGACGAGGACAUGCAGGACAUGGACGAGAUGAACGAUUAUAACGAGUCCCCGGAUGACGGGGAGAUCAAUGAGGUGGACAUGGAAGGAGCUGAGCAAGACCAAGACCAGUGGAUGAUCUGACCCAGCUGCAUCUUGACCAGGUUAAAGGCUGCUGGCGUCCGCUGGAGCCGAAGGAGGGUAGGAGAACUCUCCCUUCUGGCUUGGCAUUGCCUACAGGCAUCAGAUGGGACGGCUCAUCAGUGCAGGGUCUGAUGGACAGCAGCACUUGGAAGCCCUGGUUAGGGAAGUGUCCCCACUGCUGUCUGUCUCGUGAUUAUUUUGUGAACGGUGCGUGGAACAGAAUCUGGCUCAGCCUCUCGCCCCACAACGGAGCCAGCUGGAGAGAAGCUUUCGGUCUCGGCACCUGCCCAUGUUACCACCUGGCCUGUGCCAGGGCAGCUACUGUUAACAUACAGCUCUACAUGGGAUCACGGGACGGCCAGGGUGGGACAGAGCAGCCGGGGCUGGCUUUGUGCGUCUCUGGCUCUCACAGAAAUGUGGGGUUUUCCAAUAAAUAACACUUCAAAACAA